GCGAUGCGGUACGGAGCUCAAUUUGGCCUCUGCGUGCCUCGCGAUUGCGUCACACUAGCCGUACAGCGGCUCCGACCACAUUUUCAGAUCAAGCAUAAAUUAUCUUACUGUUACGAGAGUUCGUUCUUAGAGUCAGAAGGGGUAGCAGAGUAGCGUUUUCAAUAAGAUUUUUGUUGAAUCGGAGGUUUUUUCAGUCGACAUUGCUGUCCUAAUCGAUGGCGCCUAGGCAGCUGAAAACAUGUGCUCAGAAUGCCAUUCUGCAUGAUGUGAUGGGAAUAUCGCUCCACUUUGUAUUUUUCCCCAAGGACGGCUGAAAGAUUUGGAUAGGCUAUGAUUUUCUGCUAAACGAAUGGCGUUGCUUGUUGUGUAAAAUUGGAUUAUGAAACGAUGCCUCUUUCUUGCUGACCUGACUCACUGUCCCUCUGGACUGUUUAGAUUUUGUCUUUCAUUUUCACAAAAGGUCUUUGCUCCACAUGCAAAUCUCGAACGACAAAUGUGCACAAUACGGAAUGAUAUAGGGCUGAACGGGUGACGUCAGUUUAGUGUGCUCAGACUGUAGAUUCUGGUCCCAUGGAUGUGACUCGACGGGAAUACUGUAGUGAUUUGCCAUUCCAGCCCGAGCGCGUCCUACUAACGGAAUCAUGAUGCCCAGAGGUUUACGGAGACUCGUGCACCUGGUGCUGUUUUGCCCUAUGUCGAAGGGGCUGCAGAGUCGUCUCCCGGCGUUAAAGGUGAAGUACCUGCUGCUGGCCUGGCUGGGGAUCCUGGUGGCCAGCUGGGUCCUCUACAUGCAGUACGCCUCCUACUCAGAGCUCUGCCGAGGACAUGUCUGCCACAUGGUCAUCUGUGACCACUACAGGAGAGGCAUUAUCUCAGGGUCGUCCUGCAAGGCCCUGUGUGAGGAGAGGAGCCUGACCCUGCAGCGAUGCAAGUCCACCUCCUCCACACACCAAAUGUACAGUGGUCUGUGGAAGGACAGGCCUGUGGUGAUAAAGUGUGGUCUGGAAGAGCCUCUGAAGGGGGACGGGGCUCCUGACUCUGUACUGAGACAGGAAAUGACCCUGUUUGACAAGCCCACCCGCGGGACCUCCAUGGAUGAGUUCAGAGAGAUGUUGCACAGCUUUCUCAAGUCUAACCUGGGAGAGCAGCCUUCUCUCACCACCUUGGUGGGCCGUGUGAUCAUCCUGGCCGAUGUCAACAAGGAUGGCAAGGUGUCCCUGGCGGAAGCCAAGUCUGUGUGGGCUCUCCUCCAGAUCAACGAGUUCCUUCUGAUGGUAGCCCUGCAGGAGAAGGAGCAUACCCCUAAACUGCUGGGCUUCUGCGGGGACCUGUACGUGACUGAGCACGUGGGCCACAGCUCCCUCUACAGACUGGAGGUGCCCAGCUACCUGCAGGCAUUAGUCCCGGAGGCCCUGAGCUCCAGCCUGAACCAGUGGUUGGCCCCGGCGUGGCCCCGGAGGGCCCGCAUCACCAUCGGCCUGCUGGAGUUCGUAGAGGAGGUGUUCCACGGGGCCUACGGCAGCUUCCUGAUGUGUGACGCCAGCCCGCGCCACGUGGGGUACAACUUCAAGUAUGACUGCAAGAUGGCAGACCUGCGCAGCGUGGCAUCCGAGAUGGCGGUCCGCGGGUUCCUGCGGGGGCGUCGCUGCGAGACCAACGCUGACUGCACCUUCGGGCGUGACUGCACUGCCACCUGCGAUCGGUUGGUGAAGCAGUGUAACACAGAGGUGGUCCAGCCCAACCUGGCCAAGGUGUGUGUGCUGCUACAGGACUAUCUGCUGUCCGGGGCACCCCAGGACCUCCGCAUAGACCUGGAGAAGCAGCUCCGUACCUGUGUGACGCUCAGCGGCCUGGCCAGCCAAAUGGAGGUGCACCACUCGCUGGUCCUCAACAACCUCAAGACCCUGCUAUGGAAGACCAUCUCCAACACACAGUACUCCUGAGGACCAUCUGAGGACCACAGAAGAGAUGCUGGGAGCCAUAAGUAGGCCUGGCUUGUAUUAAUUUGGCACCAAAUAGAGGAAAAUGGAUUGAAACGAAUGGACAACCCAAAGUUGUCCAGUAAGAAAUGCAAAUGUUAACUGUUACAAAAUAAUUUUCUACGGUAUGCCCUAAUGAAUACAACCGUCAUUUUUCCUUAGUCCGAACUCAACCAGGAAAAGAACGCCAGGACCUACCCAUAAGAGUGAAGCAGGUCCAAACUCUAACCUUUUCAUUUACCCUAGAGGUACUUGUACUCACUGAAUAGGUAAUAUGAGGGACUGACUGCCAUUGCAGCUAAGGAAAAUGUUACCUCUUCCCCUCCUACCCUACUUUUUUGGGGCCGUUACAAGACAUGCCAAAAGCUUGAGUAAAACAGACUAGUAAAUCACUGACUGAAAGUGAAACUGAAUUGCGAUCAGAUGGAUUAUGAUUUAAAAGUACAGGCAAGUUUAUUUUUAUGGAAGGAUUCUUUAUUUUGUGAUGCAGGUGUAUUCUCAGGGCCUUGCCUGUGUAAUGGUAAUUUAUUAACUGUACAGUAUUGUACUUUAAAGAGUAGUUAUUCAGUGUAUCACUUCUAUCAGGGAAUGUCAAUGUAGAGGUGUAGUGCCAUGAAAAUAUUGGAGUGAUGUAACAUUAUGUGGAAAAAUGACUAUUUUAUCUUUGUGUGAAUGAUCCAUCAGACAAGGUCAAAUGAGAUGGAAACAUGGAGAGCUCACUUUGGCGCUUUUGUGAUAGAUCGUAACCAAUCUGUAUUGCUCAGAUAAAUUAAAAAAAGAACUACAAACGAUGGCAAUUUUCUAGACUAAAGAAAUCGAAGUAUCAGUAUUUUAUGAAUUAUACAACGGGUGGGUCUAAUCCUGAAUGCUGAUUGGUUAAAACCGCAUUCCAGCCGGUGUCUAUUCCACAAGAUAACACUGGCUAAAUUAUUACGUUAAAAUGCCUAUUUACUCUGUUCCAUCUGAUUCCGCAAUCCACUGUCACAUCAGCCCAGCCAAGCAAUUU